CACCAAUGGCUGCCGUGUACCGGACACCACUGUGAUUUCUAACUAAACUUUUCUCCCAGAGGAGGAGAUGCUGCUGCUGCUGUUCGUGCUGCUGGUACUCGUUUCCCAGCAUGCCCUGGCUGUGAUGGUGGAAGUGUAUGAAGGGGCAAAGUCUGUCCUGCUGCCCUGUCAGUACACAGGUUUUGUAGUUGAGGACCCCACAAUGAUAUGGACUCGCAGUGAUCUCAACCCCAAAUCUGUCCAUCUGAGACAAGAAGAAACAGAUGAUGUAACAGGACAAAACCAGCAUUACAGCGGACGCACGUCAAUGAGGCCUGAUGCUCUGGACACUGGAGACUUCAGCCUCACUCUGAGAAACCCCCGACUGACUGAUAGCGGCAACUACACCUGCUCCAUCCGCAGUGAAAGGGAGGAACUGAAACUGACAGACGUACAGCUGCAUGUCAAAGACCAGCAGGUGGAGGUGAAGGUGGAGGAAGGAUCAGAGUCUGUCAUCCUGCCCUGCAAAACAACACCUGACCUGCCUGAGGACACCACAGUGAAGUGGACUCACUCUGACCGAGAACUCAUGAUGGUCCAUGGGUGUUCAAAUGGAAGUGACCACCAGGACGACCUUUACUGUGGUCGCACAAAGACGAAUGAAGACAUGCUGAGAACUGGAGACCUCAGUCUGACCCUCAAAUACCCCACAGAGAGAGACAGUGGAGGAUACAUCUGCACCAUCUACAGGGACAAAGACAUCCUCACACAGAAAGUAGUGCUGCAGGUCAAAGAAGCGUUUCCGUCCUGGGCCACAGUUCUCCUGGUUUUCCUGCUUCCUGUUGUAGUUGUUUCUGCGAGUCUUUUAUUUCAUUUCCGUCAUUCCUUGGUGUCAGUUAUUCCAGUGAAGGUGGAGGUGGAGGAGGGGGCGGAGUCUGUCCAGCUGCCCUUCAAAACUACAAAACAGCUGUCGGGGGAAAUUCAAGUGAUAUGGGAACGUUAUGAGCCGUUCCAGAAGGCUCACGUGUUUACAAACGGCCCAAACCAAUUUGAAGAACAGCACGAGGUUUACAGAGACCGAACUGUGAUGAACAAAGACCUGCUGGAAACUGGAGACCUCAGUCUGACCCUGAAACAGCCCACAGAGAGAGACAGUGGAGAGUACAAGUGUUUGGUCUGGAGGAAGGGAAACUUCAUCAGAAAGAAAACCGUGAAACUCAAAGUCAAAGGUCCAGGAUCAAACAGGGGACAUCAGGACCAGAAGCAGCUCCAUUGAUCCGACUCCUCUGACGGCUGAUCAAUCAGUGUUAUGACUGCUGUCGUAAUGUUGUCUCUCAUGUGCAAAUGUAAGUGUGCAGGUGCAUUUCUAUCAUUGGUGGAUCCCUGAGACGGUGCCUGCAGAUUGGUUAGCUACAUGGAGACAACAUAUUUGAUGAUUCCGCCAUGGACGGCCUGCCAUUCAUCCUCGGCCCAUCACAGCCAGCAGUCUAGUGAUGCUUGUUUUACACAGGAGCAUGUAGGGGUGGACUGCCUUUUUAUCUGAUUACCGUUUUCUCCUGUUUUUGUGAGUUAGGGCGGUACGCUGCUGUCAUUUGGUUUAAUUCUUUUGAGUAGGAAAGUUUGAUAUAUUCUUGAGAUAGGUUUCUUUUGUUUGUUGCUUUUGCGUUAGGUCCACCCUGAAGUUAUAGUUCGCUCCUUUCCUUUGUGUUGAACCCACUCAUUGUAAAUAAAUCACCAUCAAAAUAUACUAAUUGUGUGAUGUGCUGCUUGGGGUCGGACGGGGAUGGAUCACCCUUACAGCCCUAGACGGGCCAUAACAAUCAGUUUGAUCUGUGUGAUUGAUUAGUGAUGUCAAACAGCAUGAUCACAUGACCAUAGUAAUAUAUUUUGUUCUCACU